GGCUAGAUGAAAAUUAUUAAUUUGAUAUUUCUAUAACUUGAUAUGGCUGCCUUCUUUCAGAGUUAAAAUUUCAAUGUUCCCAAAUCAUCACUAGCAUGACCAGGUCACAGUCGUGACCUCGCCCAUAAGAUAAGGCAACGCAAUGUUUGUAGAUGUAGAUGUAUGUGCAGUGCAUUUCUUGAGUUGAAUUGAAUCUGUUUAACAUUGUAAAGUUAUUUGAUAAAAAUUCUUAUCACAACAAAUUCAAAUAAGUACAGAUGGUUGAUCCCUGAAAUAUGUUUUUUGUCUCUGGGUUUUAAAACUAUUAUGUUGAACUUUUACUUUAGUCUGUUUUGACCUUCCAAAUGUAUUUAAUUUGUCAGAGAAACACUAAAAACCACCACGAUGUAAGUCAAGCCAAGAGACUUCUUGAAACUGAAUCUCUCUGGCCUAGUUGCUAUAAAAAGCUGCUUGUUUAUGUGGAGUAGCAAUCUAAUGCUGAAGAGGUGGAAGACAGAUCUGCGUGUGAAAAGAGUUGGCCUUGAGAUGAACAUUUUAUAUUCAUCAAGAGAUUCAGCAAAGUUAUAGAUCCACCUUUGACAUGGAGUUUACAAGACGUUACCUUCCGAUGGAGUGGGAAGAGCGAUGGAGGAAAGAAAAGGAGAGGAGGAAAAGAGUGAUUGAAGAAGGUGGAGAAGGGUUAGAACAAGACAACCGUGAGUUGAGGCGAAUUGUUGCUUACAAUGAUUCCAGGAUGGGCCUAGCCAGUCAAGGAGAUAAAACUAAAGCGUCUGAGGUGAGAAAGACUCAAACUAGUAAGGACGAUGCCGGUGGACAUAUCAGUGAUGAGGCUUUUGAGGAUAUGGACCAUCAUGUCUACACAUUCUCAAGCAAAACCUUUCCUAAAGAGAUAUUUAUGACUCUUAAAGAACUGCAGGUUUCCUCUAUUCUUACAGACCUGACUCUGACUGCUGGGGACGGCAGCAGCUUUAGUGUACAUUCCCUUAUUCUGGCUGCUGUCAGUGCCUUCAUUCUAGACAAACUUAAGGAAAAAAACAUGGGACAUUCAUACAAUACUCAAGGGAAAGUCACAACGUGGUCGGUACACAUGGGUAAUGAAGUUGACAAAAUUGGGCUUCAGGCAGUUAUUGAAUUUGCUUACAGUGGAGAUGUAUCAAUUUUAAACAGACACACACUAACUCAGAUCAAAACUGCAGCUAAAGUAGUGGAGGUCCCACGACUGCUGGAUCUCUGCAACAACAUAAACGUGACAAAGGAAGAUCAAUGUCCAAAAACAGAGCAGGGUAAAAUCUCUACAGAAGUACAUCUGAAGAAUACUCUACGAUCCAUUGAAAGGUUGUUGGAAGACAAAGUUGGGUGUGAUGUAAUUUUGGAACUGGAUGGCAUUUCUUUCCAUGUUCAUAGAAUUAUCCUGGCUGCAAGCAGCGACUACUUCCGUGGGAUGUUCACAUGUGGAAUGAGGGAAUCUCACCAGGCCUGUAUCGCUCUUCCUUUUGUACCGGCUUGUGAAUUGAAGGCACUAAUCGGUUGGUCCUACAGCGGGACUCUUCAUCUCAGCUGGGACUGUGUUUUUGAGAUAACCUGCACUGCCCUGCAACUUCAGUUUCAACCUGCUUCCUUGCUUUGCCUCAAAUUCAUGCGAGAAGAAAUGCAGAUAAACUCGUGUCUAGACGUGGAAUCAUUCGCUGAAGCAUACGGCUUGUCAGAACUCCUCGAGGAAGCCAAAGACUUUAUACUGAGGAACUUCAGGGAAGUGUCAGAAACUGCAAAGUUUCAAGACCUUCCAGCACAGAAGCUCCUGGACUUGCUUCGCUGCGACGGUCUGUGCGUGCCUUCAGAGUUGACUGUAUUUCGUGCUGUAAUCUCCUGGAUUCAGGCGGAUCCCGAAGAGAGGUUGGCCCAUGCUGCUGUACUGAUGAGUGGAGUUCGUUUCCCACUCAUGACUUUUCGUGAGUUCAGGGAGGUCAGAGCAGUUAAUCUACGCAUGGAGUGCUUUGCAGACAAAGAAGUGGAACUCUAUGGAUCCGCUCUCAAAGAAUUUGGGUUCAGUCUCCCAAAGUCUGAUGAAUAUUGCCGGAUCAGGCGACCUAAAGAUGUUCUUUGUGUGGUCGGGGGAGACCAGCUAGAUCCAGAUGUGGGUAAACGUAUACCCAGCCAGGAUAUCUGGUUUGCCAACUCUUUGCGCAAUGGCACAGGAUUGGUGAAAGAGAUAGAGUGGAGGAGACUAGGUGAGAUUCCAGACAAGUCAAAGUUCAGACAUGGUGUGGCUGUAAUGAAUGGGAGGUUGUUUGUAGCUGGUGGGUGUUACUUUUAUGCCAAGAAUAACAUAAUGACAUCAGCCUACAGCUACGACCCCGUGACAAACACUUGGAAAAGGUUGGCUGACAUGCAGGAGCCAAGAAGUAACUUCUCAUUGGUGGUGCAUGAGGAGCGCCUUUAUGCCAUUGGUGGAGACAAAGAGAUUGACGCCAACACAGACAGCGUUGAGAUGUAUAAACCAGAUAGCAACUCAUGGAGCUUGGUCCACCCUCUGGACCAGGCUCUCAGUGGAUAUGGAGUCUCUGCCCUAAAUGGAGGCAUUUUCAUCUCUGGAGGUUUUAACUGUAAAUAUGUGUGCCUGGUCUCCAUGGUCCUGUACCACCCGGAGAGAGGAAGUGUCUACCUGGCGGACAUGUCCUUCGACCGAGCCCAGCACUGUAUGGAAGCGUUGAGAGGACGCCUUUACGUUGCCGGUGGGGUGUGUAACCUGAGGAAGUUCUACACCAACCAGCUAGCCUGUGAGGUGUAUGACCCAGUGACAGACUCUUGGGCUGAUUUUUCCUCGCUGCCAGUGCCCCAUGUUGGUUCUGCCUCGGCUGUCCUGGAGGAGAAGCUCUACGUUCUGGGAGGAUACUGCCAGGACGAUUACAGCGAGUCGGGACUGGUCCAUCGGUUUGACCCCGGCCUCCAGCGGUGGGAGACCAUGGGCAAGCUGCCAGGGGCUGUUACUGACAUUAAGGCCUGUCUUCUCCACUUGCCCCAGCAAUUCAGACACUAACCAGAUGGUCAUAGCCAUAAACCAUUACAGAAAAUCCAAACUGUCAUUUGGACUUGCAAAGUAUUCACGCUUUAAUAAACAGAACAACACAAAGUAGUGCAUAACUGAGAAGUGGAAUUGUAUGUCUUCAAUCUAGCUCAUCUCUUUCUACGUGUCUUUUUUACUUUCUAUAGCCAAACAAACUGAGAACAGGACGUCUUUCAGCAUUUUCUUGCUAGUUUUCUUUUAUGACAGUCUGAUUUAUUGAGUACAGAUGUCCUGCUUACAUAUCAUCCGUCUUGAGCUGUGGAUAUCUGCAGUUUCUCCAGACUUACUGUGAGACACUUCACUGCCUCCCUGCCUGGUGUGUUCACUCAUAUUUUCUAAUGAGGCCUUUACACAACAGGAAUUAUACUGAUAUUACCAUACACACUUUGCCAAUGGGUGAUUGCACUUGAUUUUAUUUAGCUGAAUCAGAGUGAGGGGGGGUGAAUACACUUUUCAGAUUUUCUAUACAGACAUUUCACAGAGCAGGAAAAAAGAAUUCUUAAGUUUUUUUCUGUUUCUUAACAUUAAUCCAGUAAACACACACUGUUUCUCAAAAACAUCUGACUGAAUAUAAAUUUUGGCUUUAGCGUAACCAAAAAAAAAAAAUUGCUUCGUUUGUAAUUGGACAUUAAUACACAUGUUCUGCAACAAACAUGGCUAGUUCUUAUGUUUUAUGAUGAACAACGUGGAAAUAAAUGGACACGGAGGACGCA